AUGACGAUCAUCAUUUUCCCAGCCGUUUUAGUCUCCAUGCUCCUCCUCCUCGCCGCUGCUGAACCAUCGCCAGCGUCACCACCUGGCUGCAGCGAUGAACUGGUGGCCUUCUCUCCGUGCCUCGGCUACGUCUCGGCACCGCCAAACAGAGUCACAGACACGGCGACUUCUCGGUGCUGCGAUGCCUUCUCUAAGGCAUUCAAUUCCAGUGACGGUAACUGCUUCUGUUACCUAAUCAAGGAGCCUCUAAUCUUCGGAUUCCCAUUGGAUGAAUCCAGAGUGAUUGCUUUGCCUUCUGCUUGCUCUCUAUCAAGUCCUGUAUCUUUGGACUCGCUCUGCUCAGGUUCAGAUAAUUAA